ACGAGACAAGCUGUGGAUUUGCAUGGAGUUUUGUGGAGGUGGCUCUCUACAGGAUAUAUAUCAUGUGACUGGACCACUUUCAGAACAGCAGAUUGCCUAUGUUAGCAGAGAAACACUACAGGGACUGUACUAUCUUCACAGUAAAGGAAAAAUGCACAGGGAUAUAAAGGGAGCAAACAUUCUUCUAACGGAUAAUGGCCAUGUAAAAUUAGCUGAUUUUGGAGUAUCUGCGCAGAUAACAGCUACAAUUGCCAAAAGGAAAUCAUUCAUUGGCACCCCAUACUGGAUGGCUCCAGAAGUUGCUGCAGUAGAAAGAAAAGGUGGCUAUAACCAACUCUGUGAUCUGUGGGCAGUUGGAAUAACUGCUAUAGAGCUUGCUGAACUUCAGCCUCCAAUGUUUGACCUACAUCCAAUGAGAGCACUUUUUCUAAUGACAAAAAGCAACUUCCAGCCUCCUAAAUUAAAGGACAAAAUGAAAUGGUCCAAUAGUUUCCAUCAUUUUGUGAAAAUGGCACUUACAAAAAAUCCUAAAAAAAGACCUACAGCUGAAAAGUUACUACAGCAUCCUUUUGUUACCCAGCCAUUAAAUCGAAGUCUUGCUAUUGAGCUUUUGGAUAAAAUGAAUAAUCCUGAUCAUUCCACUUACCAUGACUUUGAUGAUGAUGACCCUGAGCCUCUUAUAGUGCCUCAUAGAAUUCAUUCAACAAGUAGAAAUGUGAGAGAAGAAAAGACACGCUCUGAAAUAAACUUUGGUCAAGUAAAAUUUGAUCCACCCUUGAGGAAAGAGACAGAGCCACAUCAUGAAUUU